GGGUUUUACAUCCACGACGAAUCGCCCCUCGCCAACACACAUUUCAGCCUUUGGGUUCUCAUCGUUUUCAUUAUACGUUUUGCGCGAACUCGUCUCCAUGUAGAGUUCUAGUGGCGCCGGCAUUUAUUCACCUGGUAACAGAAUGAACAGCCAGAACCUUGGCCCUGUAGUAUACGAUCGAGACCGCGAGAUGGAAGAACGACACCGAGCUCUACAGCAACGUGAGGAGAUGGCCCGUCGGGACCAAGAGAGAGAACGUGAACAGCGCGAUAGAGAGCGCGAUCGAGAUCGAGAGUCCAACGACCGAUACCAAUCUACACCUCACCAUAGCAGCGCCGGCUCCAUUCCCAUUCACCAGCCGGUCGCGUCGCGGAUCUCUGGCGCAAUUCAUAGUCCCGGUGGACUUCUUGCGAAUCACAACGGAAAUCCUCAAAUUCCCCUCGGUAACCCACCAGGUCCUCCCCUGGCCACCUUCGGAGGGCCACUCCAGAGCGAGCACAGCCGACCGGUCCAACACGGUGGACCAAAUAAUAGCAAUACACAACCACAAAUGUUCGCGCCGAUGCCGCACGGUGGACCGCCGACAUCGACACAAGCUGCUGCCAACAGUGUCGCGGCCGUGUUUGGCGGUCCUUUGCAGCAACAGCCUCCGGAAGGGCAGCGUGGGGGCCAACAGGGCGCGCCGUUCAACCCAGCUGCUGCACCGGCAGCUCAUCAGCUUCCUGGGGGAAUUACCCAGGGGCAGCAGCCUAUUUUAAAUGAUGCCCUCACCUACCUUGACCAGGUCAAAGUCCAGUUCCAUGACCAACCAGACGUCUAUAACCGAUUCUUGGAUAUCAUGAAAGACUUUAAAAGCCAGGCUAUUGACACACCGGGGGUUAUCAACCGAGUAUCUGAGCUCUUCGCUGGGCAUCCAAACCUGAUUCAAGGGUUCAACACCUUCUUACCUCCCGGUUAUCGUAUCGAGUGCGGCGCUGGCAACGAUCCGAACACAAUACGAGUCACCACACCUAUGGGUACCACGGUUCAAUCUAUCACAGGACGUGGAAACCAGGGCGAUGGUCACGGUCCUGCCACAGCUAAUCAGCCCUUGUUCCCCGAACGAGGUGGCCAGUGGCAGCAACAGAGACCGCAGCAUAGCAUCGAGAGCCCGGAGGCACAGUUCAGUACGCCUGUCCAGAAUGGUGCAAGCCUCUUUGUUCAAGCUGCAGCCCACAAUGCUGCUUUCAACGAGAGCAACAACUCGGGGCAGCGACGUGCUCUGCCCCAGGGCAGCACAGGUCCUGGGGAGGGGCCAAAUGCGCGCCAGGCCCUGACACCCACUCCUUCUGGACAAGCUGGAGUAAACGGCAAUGCAGCGAAUCAGGCAAACAUGGAGCGGCGGGGGCCAGUUGAAUUCAACCAUGCUAUCAGCUAUGUGAAUAAAAUCAAGAACCGGUUCCAGGACAAGCCUGAGAUCUACAAACAAUUCCUUGAAAUUCUUCAAACCUACCAGCGCGAACAAAAGCCUAUCCAGGACGUAUAUGCACAGGUUACCACCUUGUUCAACUCGGCUCCUGACCUGCUCGAAGAUUUCAAACAAUUUCUGCCAGAAUCAGCUGGACAGGCAAAGCAGACUCCCAGCCGUAUGGACGAUGGACCCCCAUCUGGACCCAAUCAGACACCGCAGCCUGCUAUGAGAGAUGGACAAAAGAUGCCUCCUCUAGGUAGCUUUGCGCCUCCUGCUAGCGCUACUAAAGACAACAAGAAGCGACCCCGAGCCGACAAGCAAGCUGCUCAGCCUGCAACCGUUCUUGCAGACGCGACCUUAAUUACACGGAAUCUCCCUCCUAUUGCGAAUGGUCACAAGAGGCCUAAACUCAACCAUACCAGACAAGGAGGUGACAACUCAGCAGUUGAGCCAACUCUCACGCCGGUUAUGCCAGAGCCCUACCCUGCUAAACCCUCCUCGACAUCUAGUCAAGAGGAGAUUGCCUUCUUUGAACGCGUUAAGAAGUUCCUUAGUAACCGAUCUACGAUGAACGACUUCUUGAAACUUUGCAAUCUCUUCAGUCAGAACAUCAUCGAUCGAAACACAUUAUUUCACAAGGGCGCGUUGUUCAUCGGCGCGAACCCUGACUUGCUGAACUUCUGGAAGACCUUUGUUGGCGUCGAUACUCAAGAUGUCGUCAUCGACAAUCGCCCUGCGCCCCCGACAGAGAAGGUGUCUCUCAGCAACUGUCGUGGGUAUGGACCUAGUUAUCGAUUACUUCCCAAGCGAGAGCGCCUCAAACCCUGCAGCGGUCGAGACGAGCUCUGCAACUCUGUUCUCAAUGAUGAGUGGGCUUCACACCCUACAUGGGCGUCGGAGGACAGCGGAUUCGUUGCUCAUAGGAAGAACCAGUUUGAGGAAGGCCUGCACCGCAUCGAGGAAGAGCGCCACGAUUAUGACUUCAACAUUGAAGCUAACAUCAAGUGCAUCCAACUCCUGGAGCCUAUUGCGCAAAAUAUGCUCGCCAUGUCUGCUGCUGAGAGGGAAACAUUCCAGAUGCCUGUUGCACUUGCUGGACAAAGCACGUCUAUCUUCAAGCGAAUCUGCAAGAAGAUUUAUGGUGAUCGCGGUAUCGAUGUUGUUAAUGACAUGUUCACCCAUCCCUUCGACGUGGUGCCUGUCCUACUGGCUCGCAUGAAGCAGAAGGAUGAGGAGUGGCGGUUCUCCCAGCGGGAAUGGGAGAAGGUGUGGCAUGCCCAGACUGAGAACAUGCAUCUCAAGAGUCUGGAUCACAUGGGCAUCCUUGUCAAGCAAAACGAUAAGAGGCACUUAACUGCAAAGCACUUGGUCGACGUCAUCAAGACAAAGCAUGAGGAACAGCGUCGCGAGCGAUCGUUGAAGGGUGAUGUCCCUCGACAUCAGUUCAGCUGGGACUUUAGUGACAAGGAUACAAUCAUUGAUCUUCUGCGCCUCAUGAUGCUGUACAGUUUACAUAAUGGCCAGCACAGCAGCCAGGAAAAGGAACGCAUUCUGGAAUUCUUUGAGUCUUUCGUCCCUGCCUUCUUCGAUAUUCCCGAAGAGAACAUCCAGGAUAAGCUUCCCAAGAUGCAGCCCGAUUCUGGCGAGGACGAGGUGGAGGAUCACACGCCUGCAGAGCUGACCAAUGGUCGCAGCCGACGUAACGGUCGAAAAGGAGAUCUACUUAGAGGAGUUCUUGAUCCUGGCCGUAACGGUAGCAAACCCCGCGGGCACAAGGAAGACAGCACCCCUGGAAGCAAAGAGACGACGCCUGAUGUUACUUCGGCGAACGAAGAGGAGAUGCCCGAUGCUUCCGAUGACGUUGCCAACACUGACGUUUCCAACGAACGCUGGAUCCCCAAUAUCCCCAAACCCGUUGUUGUUGGUCAGAGCGAAGAGCUCCUGAACACUGAAGGCGAGUUGAAGGCCGAUGGAUUCUUCACACGACCAUGGUACAACUUCUUCUGCAACCAGACCUUGUUUGUCUUCUUCAGCAUCUUCCAAACUCUAUAUCGACGUCUCCAAGAUCUCAAAGAGGCAAAGGAGGUUGUGGCUAAGGAGGUCGAGCGCCUCAAUAAACAGAAGCCUGCUCGGGAUAUUGGGUUUACUGAGAACCACAUGAAGUUCUUUGACACCAACGAUGACCCAGACAGUUAUUGGCCGAAGACCCUUGAGCUCAUUGAGGAGUAUAUUUCUGGUGACGUUGACGAGAGUCGAUACCAGGAUGUGAUGCGACACUAUUACCUCAAGACUGGAUGGAAGGUGUACACAAUCCAGGACCUGCUCAAGACCCUCUGCCGUCUGGCUCUUACUUGUAGUAGCACAGACGUCAAGGAGAAGACUCCUGACCUCAUUGCUCAGUACCAGGCCAACCGUGAGCGAGAGGAAACAAGUUACCAGACAGAGAUUAGCGCCCGAAAGUUCGCUGAGAAAUGUGUUAAGGAUGGUGAUAUCUUCGUGAUAUGCUGGUUCCCCUCCAAGUCUGAGGCGACCGUGCGAUGGCUUCAACGCGAAGAAACAACCUUCUACAUGGACGAGAUGCAACUCCGUGAGCGCUGGCAGUAUUACAUCUCAUCCUUUAUUCGCGUUGAGCCCACCGAGGGAGUACCUAGAUCGAAGCUCCAGAAGGUCGUGCUCUCUCGUAACCUUCCCUCACCCGACGCCGAUGCAGACGAGGAUUCAAUUCCUAAGGCCGUCUCGUAUAAGGAGAACCUGACCAUUAGUAUUUGUCUUAAGAGUUCAAAGAUGAUAUGGGCUCCGGGAACUUCUGAAUACGUCGUAUAUGAUCAAGGCCCUAAGUCGGCAGAACAGCGUGAACGUCGCGACAAGUUCAUCCGCGCCCUUAGCGCCCAUCGAGAGAACAAGCUUCUCGAGAAGUGGGUGCACAAUCCUGCAUGGACCAAGGACCUGAGUCCAGAGGAGGUUCAAGAGCAAAAUAAGAACUUCCGCAAGUGGAUGGACGACGGUGUCGUUCCGCCCAGCGCUGCUGAAGACGUGGAGAUGGAUUAGCCCUCUAACUCUCGCCAGCAGCAGGAGCAGGGACGAAAGCGUAACAGAGAAGCUGCGCCUACAAAGCCUGCAGCGACCGUCUCGAAACCAAACGGUAAGGGGUCACGAAAGAGGCCUGCGGACUCGCUCGUUUCUGCUCCGCCAAACAGAAAGACAAGAUACAGUCCUCGCAUUACAAGGGCACGAUCUGGUAGCGACGAGUCGCGCAAGGAGGGGGGCGGAUAACUUUUAAAGGAAAUAAAUGGGGAUGGUGUGCUUGUAUGGAACUCAUCAGCGGUUUGGUUGUUUUUGGUUUUUAACCUUUCCUCUAUCAUUUUUGUUUUUAGUCAUUCAAAAGGCGACAGGAAAUUUGCAGCCGGAAGGCUUGCACGCACGUCAGUUUUCCUAUUAUAGCGAAAGUUGAUAUGAUCUUUGAGGAGUUUUAGAGCUCCUUUGGCCUGUACUCUAGAAACUAUAUAAGCAAGCACGUCAUGAUUGAUAUCAGUAUCGAAAUUGUGCAGCUAACGUCAUCUUAUCAAAAGUCAAGUCUUGAGUUGGUCUCCUGUGAAUUACAAAUGGCA